GUUCUGGCGAACGAUGCUUGGCGAGAAAUAAUGAGCGUUAAUGCAAUGACAAAAGCGCACUCGUAUCCGUCUUCGAAUCGAAACACUUUCAAAGAUAUUGUUAAACGAGAGGGACAGGGUGUGCUCACAAAACGAUAUCAAACUCAUGUGAUUUGUGCAUGUGCUCCACAACCAACAUAUUGUAAAGCAGGGCCAAUUGGGCCACCCGGAGAUGCAGGAAUACCAGGAGAAAAUGGCGCACCCGGACUGAAUGGCAGACACGGAAUCGAUGGUGUGAAUAUUGUUUAUAACAUGCAAAAAGAAACUGGUUGUAUCAAGUGCCCUAUCGGACCUCCAGGCCCACGAGGUCGCCGUGGAAGGGUGGGAGCGGUCGGGCCUAGAGGCAAGAUGGGCAAUGCUGGUCGAGUGGGAAGACCUGGAUCUCGACGUCGAGGUGAACCUGGUCCAAGAGGACCACCCGGCAGGAAUGGAUUGACUGGGAAGCCUCAACGAGGGUCAAAAGGACGCCCUGGAAUAAAAGGAGUACCCGGCAAACGAGGUCCACCUGGUAGACCUGGUAUGCGUGGGUAUCCUGGACCUAUAGGCGCAAGAGGGACGCCAGGAUAUCCUGGACUGCCUGGAGUGCGUGGUCAGCAAGGACCGGUUAGAAUCAGACAAACGCAUUGGAUGAUUCAGUUCCUCACGAAAGACGAUUAUGUGAUACCACUGAGCUCAUAA